AUGGGCAAGCUUAUCCUGGUCGGAUCUUCGAUCGCACUCACCUGCUGUUUGGUAACCGUCUUCAUUAUGGGAUCUCUUCUUCAAGAGAUUUCUGACAUGAAGUCGGAAGUUGAGGAUGGCAUGAUGGAGUUCAGAGAGAUCCAUCAAGACACCUGGAACCGCGUCAUGACCAAGCACAUCAACCCAACCGGAGCCACUGAUGCCCCAGCUAACUUCCAAACUCUCUUCGGAGUUCGUAGAUCUCGUCAAUCUGGAUUCCCAGAACAAUGUAACUGUGGACCACGUUCCGAGGGAUGCCCACCAGGACCACCAGGAACUCCAGGAGAGCAAGGACCACAAGGAGAAUCCGGACCAGACGGAGACGAUGGAAAGCCAGGACUCGCCGGAGAGGUCGUCGCUAUUGUUCACGAUCUUCCAGGAGGUUGCAUUCAAUGCCCACCAGGACGCCCAGGACCACGUGGACCACCAGGAGAGGUUGGACCAGCUGGACCAUCUGGAGACAACGGACGCAAGGGACCACCAGGACCACCAGGAGGACCAGGAGCUCCAGGAGAGGGAGGAGAUGCUGGACGUCCAGGAAACGCCGGAAGACCAGGACCACCAGGACCACGUGGAGAGCCAGGAACGGAGUACAAGCCAGGACAACCAGGACGUCCAGGACCACCAGGACCACGUGGAGAGGCUGGACCAGCUGGACAACCAGGAGCCCCAGGAAACGAUGGAGAGUCUGGAAAGCCAGGAAACGCUGGACGUCCAGGACCACCAGGACCACCAGGAAAGAACGGAACUCCAGGAGUUCGUGGAGAGGAUGCUGCUCCAGGACCAGAUGCUGGAUAUUGUCCAUGCCCAGCUCGUGCCUACAAGGCUUAA